AUGUCUACCCCCGAAGAUAUAUCGUUACGGGAAAAUGUCAACGUCAACGUGACCGAGACGCAGAACCAGAACGAGAAUAAGUCCCAAGGCAAAGAAAAGGCAUCUGACCUUGACCUUGCUCCCUCGCAACCAGGAACUACUGCUGCCACUCAUGUUGAGGAUCCCGUCUUUGGGCAAGUCUCAGAGAAUGGCCCCAACUAUCGCAGUCUUGGCUGGAUUGCCACCAUCGCCCUCAUGAUGAAGACCCAAAUCGGCCUUGGAAUCCUCGGUAUUCCCAUGACAUUCCACGAGCUCGGCAUCGUCCCUGGCGUUGCGUGUCUCUGCGUGGUCGGUGCCAUAACUACUUGGUCUGACUACAUGAUUGGUGUCUUCAAAAGGAACCAUCCCGAGGUGUAUACAAUCGAUGAUGCCGGUUUCAAGAUGUUUGGAAAAGUUGGCCGCGAGAUCUUUGCUGUCAUCUUCUUGCUCAACUGGGUUUUCGUCGCCGGUUCCGCCAUGUUGAGCAUCUCGAUCGGCUUCAACGCUGUGUCAACUCACGCCGCUUGCACUGCCGUUUUCGUGGCCGUUGCCGCCGUCUUGACAUUCCUUUGCGCCAGUAUUCGAACCCUCAGCAAAGUCAGUUGGCUUGCUUGGAUCGGCCUUGUCUGUAUUAUGACCGCAAUCUUCUCCGUCACCAUUGCCGUAGGUGUUGAAGAUCGUCCGGCUGCUGCACCCAGGGGCGUCGGUAAAUGGCAAUCCGAUUAUAGACUCACCAACAACCCUUCGUUCGUUAAGGCAGUAACUGCUAUCUCGUGCCAUAUCUUUGCCUACGCUGGCACUCCCGCCUAUUUCUCGAUAAUUGCAGAGAUGCGGGAGCCCAAGCACUACACUCGAUCACUCAUCUGGGCCCAGAGUCUCAUUUCUAUUACCUAUGUCAUUAUUGGUUGCGUUGUCUACUACUUCUGUGGCUCCUACGUUGCCUCCCCUGCCCUGGGCUCUGCUGGCCUAGUCAUGAAGAAGGUCUGCUAUGGCUUUGCUCUUCCCGGCCUUAUUGUUACUGCCAUGAUCGUCACCCAUAUCCCCGCAAAGUAUAUCUUCCUCCGUAUACUCCGUGGCUCUGAGCACCUCCACCGAAACAGCCUCGUCCAUUGGGGCACUUGGCUUGGCUGCACCAGCGGUAUCACCGUCGUCGCCUACAUCAUUGCCAGCGCCAUCCCCGUAUUUGGCUCUCUUGUGUCGCUGAUUGGUGCCUCAUUCGGUACUUUUCUUUGCUUCCAACCUUUUGGAUGCAUGUGGCUUUACGACAACUGGGGCUCUAAAAACCGCAACCUCAAGUGGAGUGCCAUGGUCGGCUGGAGUAUCUUUGUCAUUGCUAUUGGUACCUUCUUCAUGAUUGCUGGUACCUACGGAUCCAUCGUCGCUAUUGUCGAGGCAAGCAAGUCUGAGGCAGGGUCCUCUUGGUCUUGUGCAGACAACUCCAACUCAGUUCCCCGCGAAGCAUGA